AUGGCCAAAGGCCGUACCAAGUCGCCCUACUUUCCCCAGAAGAGGACUGACCAAGCUUCAUGCCUCCCCUUCCCGCCUCUCGCGGCGCCGUCGUUCGGUUUGAUCCAGGAGAUCCUGGCACAUGACCCCUUUCGCCUACUCAUCGCAACGAUCUUCCUCAAUCGUACCAGGGGAGAGGUGGCCAUUCCAGUGCUGCACGCUGUUUUCGAGAAAUAUCCUACGGUGAGCUCGCUGGCCAGCGCAGAUGUCGAUGAACUUGUGUCGAUGAUACGGAAACUGGGGUUCCAAAACGCUCGUGCGAAUAAAUGCAUUGGAAUCGCACAGCUGUGGCUGGCAUCUCCGCCAAUAAAGGGAAGACGCUUCCGGAAGUUGCAUUACCCGAAUAAAUCUGAUGGCUUGGAUAUAAAGCCCGGGGAGUGCGUUGACGAUCAUGACGACCGUGUUGCUUGGGAAGUCGCCCAUUUUCAUGGUAUUGGUGCUUACGCGAUUGACAGCUGGAGAAUAUUUUGCCGCGAUGUACUCCGCGGCGAGGCAUCGGACUGGAACGGGGGAGGGUCCGACGAUGGCUUCGUGCCGGAGUGGAAGUCUGUGCAGCCGAAGGAUAAGGAGCUUCGAGCGUUUCUGACUUGGAUGUGGCUGAAGGAAGGCUGGGCUUGGAAUGCGGAGACUGGGGAGAAAACGCGCGCGACCAAAAGCAUCCGGCGGAUGGCUCGCCGGGGUGGCCUCGUUGUCGAGAAGAACGGCAGUUGGAUAUUAGAAGAGGUCGCCCUCGCCACGAAGUCUCCAGCACUUGCGGCCUCCCAGUAG